UAAUGAUCAAGAGGGAGCGUCAGUUGCUGACUAUUUAGCAACAGUUAUAUCUUUAGUGAUAUGUGCUCUUGCAUUAAAUGCAUUUUUUAACCAGCUACUCAUUCCUAUUUAUACCUUAACAGAGAAUGAUAAUUAGAAACUUGAAAUCAUCAAGCUCAUGACUGAUAUUGCUAAACAAGACAAUUUAGCUUUUCUUUCCCACUCGCUGACCCCUGACAUAUGCUAUAGAGACGAUUCACCACACUCCUCCCAAUCCAGUUCCAGCUCGUCAUCGUCUUCAGAAGAAUGGUCGACCCAGGAAAGAAAAGCAAGGAUAAUGCAGAAGAUUGAUGAUGCUAUUGCUACCCUUGAUGAUCACGGUGAAUAUUUGGAUUGCUCCUGGGAGAACAUCGCUUUUUCUCCAAAUAAUUAAACCCCUUAAAAAAUCUCAUAGCUUUUUAUCGUAUAUCACCUUCACCUACAAAUACAGUG